AUGCCAGAACAAGGACAGGUCUUGCAGUCUCGUGUGGUCCGCCGGAGAAAUCCACGCCCCAUCAACUCGUGCGUCGAGUGCCGCACACGUAAGUCGCGAUGCUCAAAGACGCAUCCCUGCCAAAACUGCACUGCCUUCGGCCGCGAAUGCGUCUUCAUCACCGUCCCUGAGAGCGCGGCGCGCAAGAAAGAGAGGGAGCAACGCGAGCGCGCCCAGAGCAAGAGUGGUUCUGCCGUCACCGUUCCAGACUGGACAAAGAACCUCCCCGUGCGCACCCAAAGUAGUGCAAGCGUGCCCGAUGGCUAUGACAACGCAAAUUCCGUCGACACCACCACUCCCGGCACUCCGCCUCGCGACUACGAGUGGGAGGCCUACCAGCAGGAUGUCGAGCCCGAGACAGACGCCUGGGAGCGCCUGCCUGCAGAGCCCGAGGAGACGCAGGACGACGUCUACGAGGAUGAAAACGACGACGAGGACCAGAUUGCCACCGAUCUCACCAUUCGCAUCGGGAGGAUGAUCAUCUGCGAAAAUGUCACUGGCUUCUUUCGUCCCCAGUAUGCCGAAGAGCUUGGCAAGCUUUUGUCAGAGGGCUUCACCCUGUCUUCAUCAGUCGCAGGCCAGAGAGCAACACAGUCAUCGGCCCUCUUGUCAGCAGAGCAAAUGCCUUCGCUUGCGCCCUCCUUGAACUUGCUACUAGGUGGCUCAUUGUCUCUUCGUCAGCACGACGACGUGGAUCCUCCACAGCUACCAACCAAGAUGGAGGCAGACGCCCUGGUCCAGCGAUAUGCCCAGGCAGUCAGCCCACUUGCCCAUGUUCUGCAUCUACCAUCCUUCAAGCGCCUGUUUGAACGCUUCUGGAUGAACCUUGAGAUUGGCAACCCGAAUCAGAACUCAUGUACAGCUUUGAUUCUGGCAGUAUGCAUGGCUGCAGCCGCAUCUGUUUCGCCUUUACAGGCAAAGUCGCAGUUUGGCAUUACAAAAGAAGAUUUGUUCUUGAGGUUGCAAAAGGCCACGGAACGAGCGCUGCUACGCGCCAAUUGGGCUAAGACAUCCAACAUUCGCACUUUGCAAGCUUUGACUAUUUACUUAAUACCACUCUGUCGAGCCCAGAUAUCCCGGGCGACGUCUGUUGUAGUGGGCGCACUUGUUCGCUUAGCACAGUGCAUAGGCAUCCAUCGCAUGAGCCAUAGUUCAGCCAACAGCCUAACUCCUCUUCAACGGCACGUUCGAUCCUUACUAUGGUACCAGAUAUGUUUCCUAGAUUUCAAGACAGCAGAGGCCCAAGGCCCCCAUCCAUCUAUCCGAUCAGACGAUUUUGACAUUGCCUUACCGCUGAACGUCGAUGAUGACGUCUUUGAGUUUGGCAGCUCGAGCUGGCAGCAGAAUCCUACUUCGAGAAACGGCUGGACAGACGUUACGUUAUCGCUCAUCAGGUAUGAGUGCAAUGAGAUCCACCGUCUCAUCUUCCGCGGUAGAAUCGAAAUGGAUCGCAAGCAUAUUACGCUCCACGAUCUACGUGCCCGGGUAGAAGCCAAGAAACGCCAGAUCCAGUCCAAGUACCUGCAAUAUCUCGAUGCAAAUGUUCCGAUACAGCGUUACGCGGGCCUUGUUGCCACACUACUCAUGUCUCGCUGCGACUCGAUGCUUCUUUACCGCCAUUUGCCUCAAACCUCGCUGCAGCCGCGAUCCGAGUCUGAAAAUCGCCUACGCGACGUACUCCUCACAGCUGCUCUGACGACACUAGAGAUUGGCGCAACACUCGACACAUUGCCAUCACUUGCUCCAUGGGCGUGGUAUUCCACAACCUACCAGCAAUACCACGCAGUGUUACUCCUCCUGACGGAGCUCUACCGCACGCCCGAUCUCCCCCGCAAAGAGCGCAUGGCCACGAUUAUCGAUCACAUUUUUGGCCACUGCUAUGGCGUCGGAGUGCGAGAGCGCUGCUCGGAUCUUUUGUUCACAGUCAAGGAGAAUCUAGAAGCGUUUUACGUGAUGAAGGGGUUCGACAAGAAACGCCAACAAAUUGCGCCCCAGCAACAUCCUACACUGCAGCCUCUAACGUCGUUUGGAGGCUCUGUCACAAGUCCCAGUUUUGGUGGUGGGGCCCACCAUCACACGCAGUCUACGUCCUCUUCACAUAUCCAUGGACAGCUGCAGCGGACACCUACGACCGGGACGCUAGACGGGUUGAAUGUGGAUUUUGAUAGUAUAUUAGGGAGUUUGAAUGGCGGUGGCAGCAAUGGCGGUGGUAGCGGUGGUGUAAAUGGCAGUGUACAAGACGAGUUUGACGUGUGGGCUGGAAUGGGAGCUGCAGGAGCACAAGAUACAGGCGGUGCCAUUUUUGUACCUGUUGAUCCAGGCACUCAUCACAAUGAGUUUGGAACUGCGAGUCCGAACGGAGGGUUGCAGCAAUGGGAAAACUGGAAUUUUCCAACGCAGCAACAAUAA